UUCUGGUUGAAAGUAUUAUAUUUAAAGAAAACGUGCGUCGAACUUUAAAAUAUUUCGUGUUUUUGCCAAUUUUAAAAUUAAUCAAGAAUAAAGAUGUAAAAGAAUGUCAACUUGAAGUACUGAAUUUUGUAAAUUUGAUAAUUUAGGUAUACUUCGGGAUUUCCUAUUGCCACACAAAAUUAGAAAUAGAUCAUCUGUAUGUAGUACAUGAGAAUCUUAUAUCUAAACUUUAAUUUACAAGGAGCCAACUUGACAAAAAUAAGUUAUUUUAUUCUAGGGUUUUAAUAAUUGUAAGCAUUUAAGGCGCCCAGUUUCUGUCCAAUUUACUUUGUCUUUGCAGUGGAGUUAACACUCACAUGGAAUAAAUGCGAAAAAAUUCUUUUAACGGUCAAGGUUGCCACAGUUUAUCCAUUUUAUAUAAUUUAAUUGCUGUUGUGGUAUUUAUAUUGCAUAAAUAUUUGUAAAUAAAAACAGUAUUUGUGAUUUUACUCCUUAAUUUCAAUUCAAACUAAAAUGGGAAUCACACAGUCGAGACAAAAUGUUACAUCAAGGUCUUUCGCCUGUUUUACAUUGUAGUAUUACUAAUUUUGGUAAAUGUAAAGUGUCAAUAUUUUGCAAAGAAAUCGAUAGAAAAACAGACAUUUAUUGAGGUGAACUCGCAAAUGCUGUCAUACUUUCAAUUUUCCCCUCAUUAACCGAAUAAUUAUAUCAUUAUUUUGACAUUUGUGUACUACUGUACUAUGGUAACGCUUUACAGAAUUCAUAGCACACUGGACUGUAAAAUUAUUACAAUUAGUUGCUAGAUAACAGUGAUUUAGCAGAUGUUACCAACAUUACAAUAAUCCAACGAUAUGUUACUAAAAAUAGUGUUUAUUGUUAAUAAAAUCAUAACUAAUGAAAGUAAUUAAAUUACGUCGUGACGUCACGGAAUUGAUACCGAUUUACCAUGAUAAGAUUGAUGCAAGGGCGAGCAUUGCGCUCUCUAUCCAUCUCUCUCUACAUCAUCCAAGGCUGUCGCGAUUAUCAGCUGGCAAUCGGUAUUUGUGAACAACCGGCUGUCAAAAUCGGCAUUUUUGACGGGUGAACGAUGGAUUGGUCAUUAUGGAGGCCUCGAGAGGAGACUCUGGCCACAAUCAAGGAAUUGUUACAAGACGCUCUUAUCCCCGACAGCGAAAUCCAAAAGGACGUCCAAACAAAAUUGAAAAAUCUGGAAAUCGUGGAAGAUUUCACCUACUAUUUGUUAUACAUCGUCGGUCAGACGCACUUCUCCGAGGAAAUCAGAUCGUUGAGUGGAAUUCUACUCAAGAAUAACAUCGCGGCGGUGUAUAAUAAAUUGCCACAAGACAGUAUUAUUAAAAUAAGACAGUUGUGUUUGAUGUUGUUACGUGACCCGUGUCGCGACGUUCGCGCAAGUAUUUCCAACGUGAUUUACACUUUGGCCAAAUACAACCUCAAUACGUGGCCGGAAUUGAUCCCAUUUCUCGUGAAAUCGUUUGAGACUCCGGACGAGUACAGCGAAGUUGCCUUAACGACACUUUUCAGCGUGUGUGAAGAAAUGAUGAAUCUUGAAAAAUCAGAAGAGGAGAUUUGCACAAUUACUAAAGAAGUCUUCCCGAAAUUUGUUGAUUUUCUCGUCGACGAAAAGUGUGACAAAAAACAGAAUAUAAUCAAACUUAUCAACCAAUUCUUGCAAGACCACUACAAAGUUAUGAAACAAUCAAUAGACAUGACGAAAUAUCUGAGGAGCGUGAUACAGCUUGCUGAUACUGAUGAUUUGGACAUGCAAAAGUACAUUUGCCAUACUUUUGUUAUGUAUAUUGAGUACCGGGAAGAAUGUCUCUUGCCACACUUGCACGACGUGAUUAUGUACCUAAUGGUGAAGACACAACACGAAGACCUUGAGGUGGCUCUAGGGGCAUGUGAGUUUUGGCUCGCGGUCACGAAAUUGAGCAACUGUAAGGAAAUCCUGACUCCUUAUAUCGACAAACUUGUUCCAAUCCUACUCAAAAAUAUGAAAUACUCGACUUUUGAGUUAAUCGCUCUCAAAGACACACUGAGGGUUGAGGAGCAGAAUGAGGACUCGUCGAAGGACACUUUUCCGUUCCACAUGCACGACAAGAGGAUCACACGCGACGAUGAUUCUUUCUCAAAUGAGGAUGGUGAUUUUUUGGGUAAUUGCGACGACGUGGAUGACUUUUACGUAGGGUGGACUUUGAGGAAAUGUAGUGCUGCGUCAUUGGACGCGAUCGCGGUCAAAUUUGGGGAGGAUAUCCUUCCUCUCAUUGUACCGUUUUUGAACGAGUUGCUUUACCAUCAAGAUUUCUUGAUUAAGGAGUCUGCGAUAUUAGCGUUGGGGGCUAUUUCUGAGGGGUGUAUUAAUGGGCUAAAGCCACAUUUGCCGUACUUGGUCGAGUACUUGAUCCAUAGUAUGAACGAUGACCAUUCCAUGGUCAGGGUCAUCACGUGUUGGACAUUGAGUCGUUAUGUCAGCUGGAUUAUAAACUCACAACCUUCACAUUCGGUUUAUUUCAUUCCGGUGAUGACGAUUCUUUUGAAACAUUUCAUGGAUGACAACAAACGUGUGCAAAGAGCGGCUAUUUCGGCCUUUUGUGUGUUCCAAGAGGAAGCACAGAUGCAGUUGAUUCCUUACAUUGAUUUGAUUUUAGAAGGGUUUCAAUUAGGCUUCCAGAAAUUCAAUUAUCGGAGUCUUUAUUUGUUAUAUGAUGCUAUUAACGUGUUAGCUUUAUCGGUCGGGAGUGAGUUGAGUAAACCGGAAUAUAUCGAAAAAUUGAUGCCGCCACUAAUGCAAAAGUUGAACGAAUAUAAUAAUUAUUCCGAUGAUCAAUUCAUUGCAGUUCUCGAAUGUUUAGCCAACAUCAUACCGUCUUUGGAUGCCGGCUUUUUACCUUAUAGUGAAGUGAUUUAUACGCAAUGUAUGGAAAUUAUCAUGGAUACGUUUAUGGCAGAUGCUAAUUUUCAAGAGAAUUUAAACGGGUUUGAUCCACCUGAUAAAGAACCAAUGCAUGUGGCUUUGGAUGUCCUUUACAGCAUGGCAGUCGGAUUGAAAUCGUAUUUUUACAAAUAUGUCACCAAUAGUAACUUGGUUUGUCUCUUAUACACCACAAUGCAAGACUGUUCGUUUUUAAUAAGACAGUCGUCUAUAGCUCUCUACGGCGAAUUGGUCUUGAUUUGUUACCCGUAUUUGUCAUCAAGCGUCGGCGAUUACAUUAAAUUGAUAAUCAAAAACCUCGACGAGUGUUACGAAGGCGUGUGCAAAAACGCGGCUUGGGUCAUUGGGAAACUCACAGCAGUUAUGGGUGCGGAAAUCCGCCCCUACGUUCCGGAAAUCCUCACCGCUUUCAUCAACAUUUUAAGAAAUCCAACUGUAUCUCGAGCGAUGCAUCAGACUGUUUCAGUUUCGCUCUGUACGCUUUGUUGCGUUUGUCCCGACAUUACGUUGACCGACUCCGAUACAGUUUUAAAAAAUUGUUGUAUGUCUUUACGGAGUUUGAAGGAUUCGGACGAGAAGGAUUUGGCGUUCCGGGGCUUGUGUCAGGUCGUCGUCCGGCAUCCGAAUUUCUGUCAGAACAAUUUCAUGUAUUUUUGUGACGCAGUGGCGUCGUGGAAUUCCGUCAAACCCGAUUUGAAAGACAUCAUCAAGAAUAUUCUGGUUUCAUUCAAGGAACAGUGCGGGGAGAUGAACUGGAUGCAGUUCUACGGCCAGUUUCCCGAAUUGUUGAAAUUGCAAUUGUUUAAUCUGUAUGGGGUUUGAUGACAGUUGGGAUUACGAGGGGAUCGAAUUUUUUGGGUGGGAUAGCUUGAGUGCACCUGCCUUGAGUUAAAUCGCGUCAUAUCGUCCGUUGGGAGGGAUCGCGGCUAUCAACAAUCGAGAAAAAAAUCAAUAUCAAAGUCAGGGGGAUUCAUUGAUUAUCGUGGAAUAUGAUUUACACCAAAUGCAUUUUCUAAAUACAUUUUUUAAUCGUUAUGUGUUUUUUUCUCUUUCGUAAUGACAAGCAUGUUACAUUUUGUAUGUUCUUUUGAGUAGUUGGUUUUGCAAUUGUUGCAACACUACUUUUCAUGCUGUAUUGUUCUUUGUGGUUAUCAAUAAAUGCGUAAAUAA